AAUCAAUCGUCUGCCCGCAUAUCAAUUUUCCACUACUGUCUGUAAUACAGUACAUACUCCAUAACUGCGUUCGCUACAUACGAGAGAGAGAAGGAGAGAGCACAGGUCGGCAAGCAGCAGAUUACAACACUCGAUUUAUGAGUCAAGUCUGUGCAUAAAUUCUGGUCUCUUUUCCUCUUUCUUUUCGCCUACAUUCCCAUUACCAUAAUCAUCACAUCACGAACCAUGGCGGAAGGGAUCAAGGCCACUUUUGCACAAUGCAAGAAGGAAAACAGACCUGCCCUCGUGGGAUACUUCACCGCAGGUUACCCGACCAAGGAGGAAUGUCCUGAUAUCAUGUUGGGCCUACAGGCCGGUGGUGUUGAUGUCAUCGAACUCGGUCUUCCUUUCACGGAUCCCAUCGCCGAUGGACCCACGAUCCAAAAGUCGAAUACGGUCGCCCUGGCCAAUGGUGUCACGGUCACUUCUUGCCUCGAGUUUGUGAGGGAAGCCAGGAGAAGAGGCCUCAAGAUCCCUGUGCUGUUCAUGGGCUACUACAACCCCCUCCUGCGGUACGGAGAGGAUCGCAUGCUGAAAGACUGCAAGGAAGCCGGCGUGAAUGGUUUCAUCAUGGUCGACUUGCCUCCCGAGGAAGCCGUCCGGUUCAGAAACAACUGCAAAACCGUGGGACUUUCAUACGUGCCUCUGAUCGCCCCCGCCACGUCGGAGAAGCGCAUGCAGUUGCUCUGUAAGAUUGCCGACUCCUUCAUAUACGUGGUCUCGAGGAUGGGCGUCACCGGCGCCACGGGGACACUAAACACCAAACUUCCAGAGCUGCUGGCACGGGUACAUCAAUACUCCGGCGGUGUCCCCGCCGCGGUCGGCUUCGGCGUCAGCACCAGAGACCACUUUUUGAGUGUGUCCAAAAUAGCCGAGGGUGUGGUCAUCGGCAGUCAGAUCGUGUUGGAGCUCGGAAAGGCAAAGGAAGGCGAACGUGCAAACGCCGUCCGGGAAUACUGCUCACAAAUCACCGGCCGCAAGGUGGGCGAGUUCAACAGCACCAAUGGAUUAACGAGGGAAGUUGGAAUCGUCGAGACCAUGGACGCUGCAAAGGAACCGAACGCGACCACAAACGGCCUCAACGGUCAUCAGGUCCAGGUCGACAAGGUCAUUACGGACGCAGAUGUUCCUUCGGAGCCAGGUCUAGCAGAUCAGCUCGAUGCUCUCAAUUCAGCUACCAAUGGAAAGACCCCAAACCCCGAUGCUAUUCCUGCUCAGUUUGGCCAGUUCGGCGGUCAGUUCGUCCCAGAAUCGCUGAUGGACUGCUUGGCGGAACUUGAAGACGGUUUCGAAAAGGCACGAAACGACCCUGAGUUCUGGAAGGAGUUCAGAUCAUACUACCCAUACAUGGGACGACCGUCAUCACUACACCUGGCGAACCGACUGACGGAGAAGGUGGGUGGAGCACAGAUCUACCUCAAACGAGAAGACCUGAAUCACACUGGAAGUCACAAGAUCAACAAUGCUCUCGGCCAGAUUUUGCUGGCGCGGAGAUUGGGCAAGACUAGAAUCAUUGCAGAAACAGGUGCUGGUCAGCACGGUGUCGCCACUGCUACUGUCUGCGCCAAAUUUGGUCUUGAAUGCGUUGUCUACAUGGGUGCCGAAGACGUACGCCGACAAGCCCUCAAUGUCUUCCGUAUGAAACUUCUGGGUGCAAAGGUUGUUGCCGUCGAAGCUGGAUCCCGGACGCUGCGAGACGCCGUCAACGAAGCGCUACGCGCCUGGGUUGUUGACCUCGACUCGACGCAUUAUAUUAUCGGUUCGGCCAUUGGUCCACACCCCUUCCCAACGAUUGUGCGAACAUUCCAGAGCGUCAUUGGUCAAGAAACCAAAGAGCAGAUGCAAGAGCUUACUGGCAGACUGCCCGACGCCGUCAUUGCUUGUGUCGGUGGUGGUUCGAAUGCCGUGGGUAUGUUCUACCCGUUCAGCAAAGAUCCCUCUGUCAAGUUGGUCGGGGUCGAGGCUGGUGGUGAGGGUGUCGAGACGGGCAAGCACUCGGCCACACUUUCCGGUGGGUCGGUUGGCGUGCUGCACGGUGUGAGGACGUACGUCCUGCAGAAUGAACACGGUCAGAUCUCGGACACGCACUCGAUCAGUGCUGGUCUGGAUUAUCCUGGUGUUGGACCGGAACUGUCGAGUUGGAAAGAAGCCAGCCGAGCCAAGUUCAUCAACGCCACGGAUCCUCAGGCUUUGAUCGGUUUCCGCACGUUGAGUGAGACCGAAGGUAUCAUCCCCGCGUUGGAGUCGAGUCACGCCGUUUACGGGGCGAUGGAGGUCGCCAAGACGAUGAAGAAGGACGAGACGCUUGUGAUUUGUUUGAGUGGCCGUGGUGACAAGGAUGUUCAAGAAGUUGCGGAUGAAUUACCUAGACUUGGACCUGGCAUCGGUUGGGAUUUGAGAUUCUAAAAAUCGACUCAUAUCGAUCUGAGCGAGUUCUUAUCGUCGCCAACGGGGUUUUCCAUUAAUUCCUUUUCCUUUAUACCUGAUUUGGGUACAAAAGACUGUAGAAGAAGGAGAAAGGAAAAAGACACUGUUAGUAUACACACGGAGUACGAUUAAUAGUGUCAAUGUUCCAUGUGUUUUGUGUCCA